AGCAGGCAGGGAUGGUCUCCCUGCCCCAUCGGUCUGUCCUCCAUGGUGCUGUCAGUGCUCCUUGUCUGUGCUACCCAAAGGGAAAGGACCAGUUUGACAACUUAGAAAAACACACGCAGUGGGGUAUUGAUGUUCUGGAAAAGUACAUCAAGUUUGUAAAAGAGAGAACAGAGAUUGAACUCAGCUAUGCAAAGCAGCUUAGGAAUCUUUCAAAGAAAUACCAACCCAAAAAGAACUCCAAAGAGGAGGAGGAGUACAGGCUAUGCUGGCCAAAAUUUUGCUUGCUUAGACAGGAUUUUGCCAGGUACACGUCAACUAGAGCCUUCCUAGCCACUUUAAAUGAAAUGAAUGACUAUGCUGGACAGCACGAGGUCAUCUCAGAGAACAUGACCUCUCUUAUCACUGGGGAGUUAACACGCUAUGUGCAGGAGCUGAAACAAGAGAGGAAAUCGCACUUCCACGAUGGCAGAAAGGCACAACAACACAUUGAAACUUGCUGGAAACAACUUGAAGCAAGUAAAAGGCGGUUUGAACGUGACUGCAAAGAAGCUGAUCGAGCACAGCAGUAUUUUGAGAAAAUGGAUGCUGACAUCAACGUGACAAAAGCAGAUGUUGAAAAGGCAAGACAGCAAGCCCAGCUGCGACAUCAGAUGGCAGAAGACAGCAAAGCAGAAUAUUCUUCCACCCUACAGAAGUUCAACAGUGAGCAGCACGAGCAUUACUACACACACAUACCAAACAUCUUCCAGAAAAUACAAGAGAUGGAGGAGAGGAGGAUCGUGAGGAUAGGUGAGUCCAUGAAAACCUUCGCCGAAGUCGACCGCCAAGUGAUCCCCAUCAUUGGCAAGUGUCUGGAUGAGAUAACAAAGGCUGCAGAAUCAGUGGAUCACAAGAAUGAUUCUCAGAUGGUAAUAGAAGCCUUCAAAUCAGGGUUUGAGCCUCCGGGAGACAUCGAAUUUGAGGAUUUCACGCAGCCCAUGAAGAGAACUGUCUCAGAAUCCAGCCUUUCCAACUCCAGAGGGGAUGGCAAGUCAGAGCCGAAGUUUGGUGGCAAAUCCAAGGGCAAGUUAUGGCCAUUCAUCAAGAAAAAUAAGCUUAUGUCCCUUUUAACAUCCCCCCAUCAGCCCCCUCCUCCUCCCCCUGCCUCUGCCUCACCCUCUGCUGUUCCCAACGGCCCCCAGUCUCCCAAGCAGCAAAAGGAACCCCUCUCCCAUCGCUUCAACGAGUUCAUGACCUCCAAACCCAAAAUCCACUGCUUCAGGAGCCUAAAGCGCGGGCAGACACAGUCUUUGUAUAUUCACAAAGAACUCAUGAAGAGGACUUUAGGGACCCCCACGUGUGCCAUUGAGGCUAGGGAGUAUUUUCUUUCUCUCAAGCUGGGAGCAGGGCCCGAAGACUUCAGCAAUCUCCCACCUGAGCAAAGAAGAAAGAAGCUUCAGCAAAAGGUGGACGAACUAAACAGGGACAUUCAGAAGGAGCUGGAUCAAAGAGAUGCCUUAACGAAGAUGAAAGAUGUGUAUAUCAAGAACCCCCAGAUGGGAGAUGCAGCGAGUGUGGACCACAGAUUAUCAGAGCUUGCACAGAACAUUGAGAAGUUACGAUUAGAAGUUCAGAAAUUUGAGGGCUGGCUGGCGGAGGUGGAGGGCCGGCUGCCCUCGCGGAACGAGCAGCCUCGGCGCCAGAGCGGGAUGUACGAGCCCCAGAACCCGUCAGCAGUGAACAGCUGUGCCCAGGACCGGGAGAGCAGCCCGGAUGGCAGUUACACAGAGGAGCAGAGUCAGGAGACUGAGAUGAAAGUACCUGCAACGGACUUUGACGAUGAGUUUGAUGAUGAAGAACCACUACCCACCAUAGGAACGUGUAAAGCACUCUAUACGUUUGAAGGUCAGAAUGAAGGAACAAUUUCUGUAGCAGAAGGAGAGAUGCUUUAUGUAAUAGAAGAGGACAAAGGUGACGGGUGGACGCGAAUCCGAAGGAACGAAGAUGAGGAGGGCUAUGUCCCCACAUCUUAUGUUGAAGUCUAUUUGGACAAAAAUGCCAAAGAUUCCUAAAGGUGUUUGUGCUGGUGCAAGAACCUCGGGGCGAGCUUGUCACAGAAGGAGAAACAAAGUGGUCUGUUUACCCUGCAGGCAGUUAAAACACACCCAUGGAAAGCCAGACUGCCAGUCUAGUCUGGAGUUCCCACUUGAAAAAUUCAGAUCUAAAUUCCAUCCCAGUACCAUUCAAGACGCUUGCUCUUUUCCAUGGCAUGCUACUUGUGGCUCGGAUUACCUUAUCAGCCUCUCCCCUUCUUCUGCCAGCUUGGCACAGCCCCUCUGUCAAACACAACCCACACUUUCUCCCCCACCCAGUUCCCCCCUCCUUCUGUCAGAGAACUGCUGGCUGCCCUCGGAUGCAGAGGGUGGCCAGAGAGUCCCAAGCAUGUGCUGGUCUGUCCUCUGUCCCUCCGUCCCUCAGUCCAUCUGAAUGUACACACUGGUCCAUCAGCAUUUCACACGGUGCCUUUAGUGCUAAUCCUGCAGGAAUUCUCAUCAGAGAGCGUGGAAGGGAGGUGGGAAACCUCCCCUGGGCACAGUGUUACAGCAGCUGGACUGGGCUCUGAAUUUGCAGAUGUUAAAUUUGAUCCCUGUGUAUCAUUCAAUAUUCUGCUUUCCCCAAAAGGUCACUAAUACUUGUCAGCCUUUAUUAUUUUAAUUUUUUUUUUUUUUUAAAUCCAGGCUGAUGCUCAUCCCAAGUAUUAAACCCCCAUGGCCUUGCUGUUUCCUGAAACCCUUCGAGCUCUCGUGUGUACGCUGCUUUUGCUGCUCGUUCUCCCUGCCCCCUCCCUCUUGAUCCGCCCUCCUCUCUCCCUCCUCUUC